AUGCUUCUUCUCCACCAGUCGUCAAGCCAUGGAAUGCCGUCUCGCAGAUGUUGUGAUAUGACCGUAAGUCGAAGACUCUAAUGGGAACCUUGACAGAGUUGCGUUUCGAAAUGUGCAGGAAUGAGGAGAUAUUGACGUCAAACAUAAGACCCACACCGAACAUUUCCCGAUAUUAUGGGUCCAUUAAAACUUACUCAGCCCAAAUCUAGCAUUUGUAAACUUCUUCUAAUCUUUUGUUGAGCUAAGGCUCUUCCUUAACAACCAGUACUGCACUGAACUAACUCACAUUCCGCGAGUGUUAAUGGUCAAGGUGCUUAUUUCGGUCUAGAGAAAAAUGUAUCGAACAUACCUUCCUCUCCGAAGAUUUAUUUGAUCGAUUUGGUUGUGUCAUCCAGCCCACGUGACAGAUUUCUGGAGGAAUGCGAGGUAAAAUUAGAAUAAAUGAGAGUGAAAAAGUUCACUGGUCCCCCUGGUCGCACCAUCGCGAAUAUUUUUCAGAAUUCCUUGCCACUUUAGAGACACUGCUUUAUUUUAAAAUACGGAAAAAAGCAGACGAAGUGAAAGCACAAAGGUUUACUAGUUUCACUGGGCGCACUAUCUCGAAUUUUUUUUGAAAUUCCUCGCCAUAUUAGGUACAGAUAUGCACUGCUUUAUUUUAUCUCACGUUUUCAAACGCGUUUCACCGCCCAUCUCUCUUAAUAACUGAGGUGCUUGAUGUGAGUGCAUUGAUAUUUAAACCAUAGCAAAAACGAAACGUACCUUUCCCAAGUUGAGUGCUAAUCACAAACAAAUGAAUUCGGAAUCUGAUAUUUUCGACGUAACGGGUCGCACAUGUGUUAGUUCGGUUACUGAUAGCAGCACCGAUACACCCUAUCGGAAUGUCAUUGAUCGGUUAGCAAUAACAAGCUUAGUGUACAAAAUGGAUACAAUACGCCCUACAACUUUCCUGUUUGGUUACAAAAUUUUGCUUGUUUUAAUACCCCAUCACGUAUAAUGUUAACAGUUGUGUUAUCGGUUGACCUUGACAUAGGCCUUGAGGAACGUAGGGUGAGCCUUUGACUUCGUAGCACUCUGAAGCGGCAGAUAUCUGGUAACGUUUAAUGAACUAUCACGAAUAUCUUUAUUAUUGGAUUUUUAUACGCGCAAAAUAAGCUUAAUUUUUUAUUUUAUAAAAGGUAGAAGUGCGCUAUCUAGUAGAAUGAUCUAAACAUUUUGAGAGAAAUAACACCUGCCUAGUGUAUCGUUCUCUUUUAACCGGCGACAGUCGUUUAUAUGACUGCAGAGUCCGAAUGAACAGAAUUACCUGAUAUAAGUAAGACUGCCGUAUGGUAUUUUCAAUGUCCAAAUAACUGCGAUACACUUGAACUUUUAUGACAAUAUGUUGCCGCAUCCCCGCUGAGCGUUCCACUAUAUAUGAUUGAAUGUGCCCGUUAACAAAAACUAGCAAAAAACCUAUCCAUAAGAAACCAAGGGGUUUCGGUGUGCUGCUUUGUAAGUGGACUGAUUAACUAGCCUGUGAAUCACUGUACUGGUCCCCGUGAAUGCGCAGCUGGAAGUCGGAAACAGACAUUUUUGUAACAUUCGCUUUGUAGAGCUAAGCAGGUAGAAGGCACUUAAAAUAUCACCCUAAUGAGAUACUCCGCGUGUCACGGAGUGAUAAUUAUCACUCUAUGUAACUGGCCUUUAUAUAUUUGGUAUUUACUUUCUCUCAUUGCUGGCAGCGAACCAGCGGCCGCUUACACGGUUCAGAAACAGACUUGCCAGUAAUCGGUCGAGGAGACAGAAGAAUCUAAAGUAACAGAUUUUUUGGGCUUGGUUGUAUGCAACUUGCACUGUUGCUGAGAACGUAAUAAAGGUUUUAUUGCCCUAACUUGCUUAAUAAUAGGAAGUUAUCCCUAGUUACUUGACGUCUCUUUAUUGUAAAAAAUGAUUUUCACAAAUAUUUCAACGUUAAAGAGCAUUUACCCUUAGUUAUGUACUUUAAUUAUUCGAAGCACGUUUUUUCCGAGAUAGUCAAACUCGGUUCAAAGAAAACUGACAAUUAUAUGGCAUUCUGAAAGUGUCAGCGAUAAAAAUAAGCAAAACUACAACGUAGGCAGAAAAACUGCAACAAUAUAGUAACUUUGGUAAAAAAGCCUUUAAUACAACAAGACGACUUAAGCAGUGCUGGGAGACUUAACAAAGAUGAAAUGGAUGUAGGACGUGGUUGCACUGGCAAAUAAACGGUGGCUUAUGGAGGUUCUACGUAAAUCUGCUUUUUCCGGACUGAAGCGUGAACUUAUUAUAAAGCAUUGUAAAGGUGCGUCGACUAGAAGAAAAACAUUGGAAGUGUCAUUUAUAAGUUCGUCUGUCGUCAUCAGACUUCAGUGCCACAAUUUCAAAAUGAGUGUUUGUACUUAAAACCCGAGUUGGUUUGACAUCAACCAACACCCUCAGGCCACUGUAAUCUGCUAGGAUUGAGCGCGCGUUUGCAGCUUUAUCAUGUCAAAUGGGCAGGGUGAGCAGACCGACAUGUUCCAGUAAGCCAUAGCGUGGCCUAUCCCUUUUUUGUCCAUGAGCAUCCUCAGCGUUCACGUUAAACGAAUUUAACUUUGGUCCAUAUGUGGGCCGUAUUUAAAAACGAUGGUGCGAAAGUAAUAUCGAGUAAUUUAAAGCGUUUUUGAGCGGCGAUCUCGCAUGACUGCAGCGUAUGAGCACGUUAUUGUCCAAAUGACAAUUGAAAAGUUCCAAAAAUUUAUGAAAGAUUGCAGAUUUUUCUGAACGCAACUUUAUCCUCUUUACUGCAUUUCAGCUGCAACGAUGGUCUCAAAAAACCACAAACACUGCAAACCACGACAAGGUAGGUCAACCAUAUUGUCGUUGCCUAAAAUCAUAAUAACAACAGAACCUCGAUCUUACCGUGUAAUGCGUAAUCAAAAGCCAGAACUGGCCGAGUUCUUUGAAUCAGUGGACGAGCGGAUGAAAAGGUAAGAAAACGUCUGUUUCGUUCCAUGGCAACGACCGCGAUUUUUAUUUCAGUUAGCACAAACAGAAGUAUUUUGUCUCGACCACAGUGACGAUUAAAUUUUUUGUUGGCUGAGAUAACAACAGUUAUUUGAAGUUCUAAGUAACUGUUGACUGUAAGAUAAAAGAUUUUAAGACAGACUGCGUUUGUUCAUAUUCCUGAAUUGAAAGACAGUUUUCAAGUUGUUUUUUUCGGAUUUGUGCGACCAGGUGGGCACUUUGCCCCAUGGUCAUUUUUAGCUCUAGUGCACCAGCUAUUUCUACUGUGAUGUUUGGCAGGACCCGUUUUGUUAGUGUACGCCUCAAAGCAGACCGUUUCUGUGAACAUACAAAUAUUUAUCAUAAAAACAUUCCUAUGUUAUGUUCAAAAUUUUGUUUUUGUUUUUGUUUAUCUAUCACUCAACUCACAUUAAGACUUACUUUGUAAUAACACAGCUCUUAAAGCCUACUGAGGCCUGUGAUAGUCAUAUUGCUCAUCAUGUAUAUUUGAGUGUAUAUUUGAGUGAGUGUCUAAUGACGACUCUGCAUUUUCUCUGAGUCAGUUUUGCUAUGUCACCGUUUACGGUAGCCUUGAAGAUGGGGAACACUAUAGGCCAAAAGCAUUUGAUGAGAUAAAAACCUUAUACCUUGUAAAUAUGAAUUGACCGAAUAUUUUCAAACUUCAACAGUCUGGCGGUCGCUCGAAAGCCCUACAAAGCUCGGAAUGACAAAGAACUGACCGUAAAACCUGGCGACGUCUUUGAGGUUGGCUGACAGCUUUUUUCUUUCUUUUUCCUAUAAAUAUUUUCAUUACUGAUUAAACAAAAUAGUUUUGUGUAUCCUAAAUGAUAUUGGUACUUAACAUAUACCCAUUAAUCUUGGAGUAUACAGUGACAUGCGUUACAUUAUGUAAGCAGGGUGGAAGCAAUAUUCGUUGGAGCUUUUCAAACUGUCUUACAGGUUCUCGACGAUGAUGGCGCUUGGUGGUGUCUGCGUGCUCCCUCGGGCAAAACAGGGCACGUUCCAAAGUACCAUUUGGAACCGAUUUCUAACCCAAUGGCCCCAUACGGACGCAACUACGAUCCUCCCACCGACCCAAUUGUUGUGAAGGUUCCCGUUAUUGUUAAGACAUCAGUUCAUAAGGAGGCGAGUGAGGAACCCGCUCGGUCUCGAACUCCACCAGCUAGGACCCAGCAGCAGCAGCGUCCGGUUACGAGAUCGGCCUCACCAGCGCCAGCGUCAGCGUCACCACCACCACCACCGCCGCCUACACCACUGUCGAGGUCACUUUCGCAGAUUCAGCCUACACUAUCAUCCAGCCGCCUAGAAAGAUCACCAGAAUCGCGACCUGAGGUUCGAACUUAUAUAAAGGAAAUAGUUCGUCGGUCACCGGAGCCAAUAAGAGGGAGUCGCUUUAUUCGUUCAACUAGCCGCCGUCCACGCAGACACUCUGGCAGUUCUUCCAGUUCUGACGACGACAGUUCUAAUUAUGAAAACGAACCCAAAAAAAGUUAUGCUCCACGGGCCGCACGUAGUUCGAGGGCUCAAACUCAGCACUCACCCGCUGGACGUAAUUGCUCCAAGGUCCCUCACUGCUGCGAAAGUGCAUCCUGCCAUGUGCACUGUUUCCGGCACCCCUGUGCGAUUCACUGUCCGAAGGAAAAGAAAAAAUGUCAAACUCCGCCACAAUCUCCUGCUAGGAGCGAGCAAUCACAGCAGCAGCAGCAGCAGCAGGAUAAACAACCGCAACAGGUCUUCAUUAUCCUUGAACCACCGAAGCAGGAACAGCCUCCCGAAGUGGAGCCACCGGAGGAGUACCAAGACGCCUGUCAGACCGCACCCAUCCAGAUUCUCCUCACUCCAGGCGGUCAGUUUACCUCCUCCAUGACCGUGGCCCCUCAGUUCCCACAAUAUGGGCAGGCCCAACAGGCAGCAAUGCAGAUGUGUGCCCCGGCGACCAUUCAAUGGCCCUGUCAACCAUAUUACCCAACCUACGUAUGA